AUGGGUAAACAAGAACUUAAUGAUAGCAGCAUUGGUGCCAUUCAGGACAGUGGAGACAACUCCAUGGACAUGGAAGAGUACAUGGCACGAGCAGACGCAGAAUUGGCCCAGAUGAAAACAAAGUGCAAAAGAAUGAAAAUACCGGCUGAGCCACAGCAGUACUCUGUCUCACCACUGCAGAACAUGAAGCAGCGACUCCAGGAGAACUACAGCGAGAUCGACACUGGUGUUGAAGACGAUAAAAUAUAUUACAGGCCGCAUAAAAGAGUUGAUCUAAGUGGAAGCGUAAAGAGGAAUAUGAUGAUAACUGUGGGAAUAACCUGUGGUCUUGGUCUGGUGACAUCUGUGGCGUAUCUGGCCACCAGAAGGUGA